AUGCAUCUCGACGAUCUCGCCAAUGAAUUGUUUCUCGAGAUUUUUCAAUACUUAUCAACUUUUGAUCUUCUUCGAUCAUUCUAUGACCUGAACCAUCGCAUCAAUCAACUUCUCUUUGCUCAUUUUCGCACUGCUGUCAUUGAUUUUGGAUCAACAUCUCUGGAUGAUUUUCGUCUUGUGUGUCGAGAUUAUUUUCCAUCAUUCGUCAAUUGUGUAACAUCAUUACGAUUGUCCAAUGAUGAUGAGACACCGCAACAAAUGGAAGUUUUCCUUGAGCACGGUUUAGCACUUCCUCAACUGUUGAAUUUACGAUCACUUACAUUGCAUAAUAUCCGAUCUAAUAGUAAUGUUCUGCAUACAAUGAUAUCAGAAUGCAGAUCUCUUCCUCGUUUGACCCGUUUAACAUUAUCGGAUUGCUAUUUACCUGGUGAUCGGAUGAAUACUCCGACUUUCUUUAACAACAUAUGGAGUUUAUCAAAUCUGAUCUAUUGUUAUCUGAGCAUCGGUUUCACAUCGGGAGGCUUCGUUUUACCAACAGUCAAAUCAACGUCGUUGAAAUCUUUAUUCGUCCCCUAUGUUAAAUUUGAUCAAAUUGAAUUCAGCAUGAUCUGUCAACAAACGCCUAGCCUAGAACAAUUUGAUAGUUCAUUUAAACUGAAGUUCUCUGAUCAGGUCGUGUCCUCAACACAUCAAUGCGCAUCGAUAGUUCGUCUGAAACUGUUCUCAAUCGAUAUAUCAGAAAAUCACCUGAAUCAAUUAUUUGAGAUGGUGCCGAACUUACGUCAAUUAGUUAUUGACAUAAANGAAUGGUUAACGAAAGAAGAAAAAGAAACAGAUACAAUCGAGUUGAUUGCCGUUCGUUUUCAACCACUUCUUCAUCUUCGAUUCCACUUUGAAAAAGAUUUAGUUGAAAGAAAUACGAUUUCAAACUAA